CUGACUGCAUCCCAGCUCAACAGAAGAACCUGGAGGGCUACGUGGGCUUUGCAAAUCUGCCCAACCAAGUCUACAGAAAAUCUGUGAAGAGAGGUUUUGAGUUCACUCUCAUGGUUGUGGGGGAAUCUGGGCUGGGGAAGUCGACGCUGAUCAACUCGCUCUUUCUGACGGACCUGUACUCUCCUGAAUACCCGGGUCCCUCACAUAGAAUUAAAAAAACUGUACAGGUGGAGCAGUCAAAGGUUCUCGUAAAGGAAGGCGGCGUGCAGCUCCUGCUCACCAUCGUUGACACCCCCGGCUUUGGAGACGCUGUCGACAACAGCAACUGCUGGCAGCCGGUCAUCGACUACAUCGACAGCAAGUUUGAGGAUUACCUCAACGCGGAGUCGCGGGUCAACAGGCGGCUGAUGCCGGACAGCAGGGUGCAGUGCUGCCUGUACUUCAUCGCUCCGUCUGGACACGGGCUAAAGCCCCUGGAUAUUGAAUUCAUGAAAAGGUUACAUGAAAAGGUGAACAUCAUUCCCCUCAUUGCCAAAGCUGACACAAUGACCCCAGAGGAGUGUCAACAGUUCAAGAAACAGAUCAUGAAAGAGAUCCAGGAGCACAAAAUCAAAAUCUACGAGUUCCCCGAGACGGAUGACGAGGAAGAGAUGAAGAUGGUCAGGAGAAUCAAGGAUCGUUUACCCUUGGCUGUAGUCGGUAGUAACACCAUCAUCGAGGUCAACGGAAAGCGAGUGCGCGGGAGGCAGUACCCCUGGGGUGUUGCUGAAGUGGAAAACGGGGAGCACUGUGACUUCACGAUCCUCAGGAACAUGCUCAUCAGGACCCACAUGCAGGACCUGAAGGACGUGACCAACAACGUUCACUACGAAAACUACCGUAGCAGGAAACUGGCUGCGGUCACCUACAACGGCGUGGACAACAACAAGAACAAGGGACAGCUCACCAAAACUGAGACGACUGACGGCAUGAGUCCUCUGGCCCAGAUGGAGGAGGAGCGACGCGACCACGUGUCCAAGAUGAGGAAGAUGGAGCAAGAAAUGGAGCAAGUGUUUGAGAUGAAGGUCAAGGAGAAGCUGCAGAAGCUCCGAGACUCCGAGGCCGAGCUCCAGAGGCGUCACGAGCAGAUGAAAAAGAACCUGGAGGCCCAGCACCGAGAACUGGAGGAGAGACGUCGGCAGCACGAGGAGGAGAAGGUCGGCUGGGAGGCCCAGCAGAGGAUCCUGGAGCAGCAGAAGCUGGACGCCUCCAGGUAA